AUCAAACGCCGCCUUUUGAGCGUUAUGGUUGCCGUUGUGUUUGUUGUGGUUAGCUUAGCCGGUUUAUUUAGUUUCUCUACAUGAAUAAUGACGACUGUGUUUAAAUGAAACCGUUAGACUCAGACGAAGACGAAGAAGAGCAGCUGAGCACUCAACAUAAAGAACAGAGGCAGCGAGCCAACGAGAACAUCCAGGAGCUGAGCAGUGCUCUGGAGCAACUCAGUCCUGAUGGAGAGGUUGUCAGAGGCAGCAAUGACACCUUUUUUGCAGCAAUGGCUGAAGAGGACAAAACCGCUUGGAGUCAAAAGACGCAAAGUGAAGCAGUCAAUCAGCUGAAAAGUCUCUUGUUGAAGCAAUGCAGAGAAAUUCCCACUCCUCUCUCUCCAUCAGAGAAACAGUCUCCUUCCAAGAGAGUGCAGAAGGAGAGCAGGUCCAGUGUUCCUGCUUAUCAAGACUUGAUACCAACAAUUAACGAUCAGUCAGAAUACAUCCAACAUCUUGAAGCUGAGGUCAAAUUCUGCAAGGAAGAACUGCAAGGAAUGAAGCAGCGGGUCAGAGUGGUGGUGGUGGAAAAUGAGAAGCUGCAGUAUGAGCUCAGAACCAAAGCUGUGGAUGAGUCUCUGAAAGAUUAUACCAUCCAUAACUCCAUGUUGAAUGACAGCAGCCACAUAGCCUCCAACACAGAGCACAACAUGUUGCAGAGGGCGGAACACAAAACUUGGAAAAAUGAGCUGGAACAGUUGAGAGUGAUCCACCAGGCCCAGAUUGAAAGCUUGGAGGCUCAGGUCAUCUCUCUCAGAAAAGAGUUAUCAUUGAGUCAGAAGGAGGGUGAGGAGCUGAAGGUUUGUCUGAAACACACGGAGAAACAGGCUGCAGAUGCUCUAAGAGCUGAUGGAGCUCCUCGCGUGGCGGGUCUGUGUCUCAAGUGUGCACAGCAUGAAGCCGUGAUGGCUGGGACUCAUGCAAAUCUGCAUGUCCAGGCUAUGGACAGGCUCACAAAGGAGCGUGAUGAAUUACUGGUGGCUCUACGUGCCGUGAGGGCAAGUCAGCAAGAGGCUCAACAAAAGGAGUGGUCAGCCUGUUUGCAGGUUAAACAGGCUGUGGCAAUGGCAGAAGAAGCAAAUCUACAUAAAACUAGGGCGGAGGUGCAGUGUGAGCAGUUAUCCAGGGAGGUGGUGCGACAUAGGGAACAGCUGGAAAAAGAAGUGCAUGCUUUGAAGGCGAGGCUGUCUGAGGCCAGAAAUGAGGGCCGGGCGGAGGCCCACAAACAAAAAGAAGAGCUUGCACAGACGGUGUCCAGCCUCUCCCAACGUGUUGCAGAGUUGGAGGUACAGCUCGACCGAGCUCAGAGAGAGAGAAAAUCACUGACCAGUGAGCUUGAAGAAACUUUCAGCAAACUAACCAAUCAGGAACAAGACAAUGCUAAGGUAUGUAUGGAUCUGCGAUAUCAGCUCAACCAGGCCCAGCUGAAGAAAGAGGAGGCAGAAAGAGAGCUCAGAGAGCUCAACGCCAAGACCAGCAGACAGAUGGAAAAAGCUGCACAAGAAGUGGAAAGGCUGAGCUCAGAGCUGGUUGGCUGUCAGCAGCAUCUGGAGGCGGUCCAAAAGGACGGGAGCCAAUGGCAGGCCGAAGCCCUGAGCCUAGCAGAACAGCUGGCAAAUGCCCAGCGCCAACUGCACCUCACCAGACAGGACAGAAAGAGUGCAGAACGGGCUCAAGCAGAGGAAAUAUCUUCUGUGACUCUUUCAGCACAGCAAAGGGAGAAAGAGCUGGUUGCAAUGCUGCAGAAAACAGAGGCUAAACACCUGCAGAGAGUUGGAGAGAUGGAUAAACUCUUGACGUCCCAGAAUUCCCUCAUCAGGAAACUGAAAGAAGAAUGCUUCAAACUGGGAGCCAAACUGGAAGAACUGUCUCAAAGCAGCAGAAGUGAGCUGGAACAGCUGACACUGGAGAAGCAACACUUGGAGGAGACGGUGACGAGUCUGAGAGCUCGCUGCUCCGACCUGGAGGAACAGUGUGUCCAGCAUGGGCGCAUGCACCAUCGAAUGAGGGGCAGGCUGCAGCAGUUGGACCGACACUGUCAGAGCAGCGCUCAGCAGGUGUGUGAGCUUCUGGCCAAACAGAACCAGCUGAUGCAGGAAAGGAACACACUCAGCGAGGAGAUGCAAAACCUGCGCGUCGAUGGACAAACACACACAAACCUGAGGAGUGUGUGACACGAUACAGAGUCCUCAGGUCAAAGCGGUCUGACUCUUCUA